GUGAUAGCGUCCCCGUGACGGCAACCAGCCUAUCGGCUCCGGUUACAUGGGAUUCCCUAACUCUGAAAUUUUCACCUCUUGUUUCUUCUCAUUCUUAUGCCGUCUCUUUUAUUCCCCCCCAUCCAAUUGUUGCCCUGGAGGGCGCACACCACUAGCAUCGGGGAUCACCUUAGGGCUACUUAGUCUGUGGGGAGAAUUACUACUAGGUGAAAUCGAUUCCAAACGGGCGGCGGGACUCCACAACAAAAGAAAACUCAGGCGAUUCUGGAUGGAUGGUUCUUUCUGGUUUCCUUUUUUACUAAACCCUUCCCCGUGGAUUGAAUCGGGAGAAAAAGAAUAUAUCGUAACAUGCACUAGAGGUCGACCUCCUAGUAUGGACAUCAAUUCGACAAAAUAUCUGGAACCUUUAACUGGGCUCUGAACGGGUCAAAAGGGAUUGGGAGGCACGAGCUUCCAGCACAGUAUGGACGGGGCACUCGAUGACAGUCUUCCUCAUGACAAUCGCGCCGGCGAUACGAUAGCGGCCGUGGUGUUAUGCAUGAUCUUCGCGACAGCAGCAGUAUUUCUACGGUUAUACACGAGAUACUUUGUCUUACGAAAAUUCUGGAUCGAUGACCUCUUAGCGAUAACUGGCAUGAUUUGCAUGAUCGCGAACGGCAUCGUACAAUGUGUUCAUACGAAAUACGGGCUCGGCGCUCAUUUAUAUGACAUAACCGACCCCGAUCAACUCACUCAAUUCUGGAAGAUGUUCUAUGCCCUGACCAUUACUUACAACACCACACUAUUAUUUAUAAAAUUCACAUUAUUCUUCCAGUAUUACAGAUUAAUCCAGGAGAUCCCCCAUUACCGCGUAUUUUACCUUACUGUUAUGGCCGUUGUUGGCGGCUGGGUCGUCGCACAAGAGUUCAUCUUAAUCUUCUCCUGCACACCAAUUCACGCGUACUGGGACCACGACCCAACUGCGAAAUGCUUAGACGGCAAUAUCACCGGAUGGAUGAACGCAGUCGGAAAUAUCGUAACCGACAUAAUUAUUCUGGUGCUUCCGAUUCCUGUGGUGUGGAAAUUGAACCUGAAAAAGGGGAGGAAGUGGGCCGUGAUAGGAAUUUUUGCCCUAGGAUUCUUUACAUGCCUAGUGUCGAUAUGUCGCAUGGUCUUCUUCGCGAAGUUAAGUGCAGAUAUAUCCUACGACCUGGUAGAUAUCGCCGCUUGGGGAGAGGCUGAGUCCGCUUCGGGACUCAUCUGUUCAUCUCUAAUAGCCUUGGGCCCUCUGAUCCGUCGAUUCUCUCGUCGUUUCCGAACCAGCAAGAAGAACUCGGGCACUCCACAGAAGUACACAUUUGGUGCCGGUUCUAACCCCUUUUCACGACAUACAACUGGCCGGGAUAAGAGUCUAUUGAGAACAAAUGGCUCAAGGAAACCAUUCGACGAUGGCAGUGAGACUGAACUUAAUCGCAUGGAUGCCGAACGAUCGCGGAGGACUACUGAACAAGAGGAUGGAAGAUCGAUACGAAGCGCUAAGUUUUCAGGGUUGGAGCAGGAUACAGAAGACAUACAAGGCCCGAUGCCGGACCUUCGCUUAGGUCUAGAGACGGGUAUACGGACAAUCAUCAGCACGGGUAAUCGCGAUAGUAUGCACUCGGAGUCAGUGCCGGCAGCGUCUAAUGGUAUCAUGGUGAAGCAAGUAUGGUCUGUCCGCAACAGGGAAACUGGGGAAAGGGACGAAUAAUCUUGUUAGAAAUCGUUGAUACCCAAAUAAAAAUAGAAUAAAUAGUGAAAGUCCAUUCGAGAC